AAUAAUAUCAACCACUCUUCCCCAACUUUUCCUCUUCCACACCAAGCACUCGCCGGGAGCCGCUUGCGCUCGUCCCUCCCGAACCUUUCACUUCAGUCAGCUCGCUUCGCUGCCGCCGGCGGUGGAGGCGUCAGGAGUACGCCAAUUUCGAGCUCGAAGAUCCAGAACCAUUCGAGAAGCCUGUUCCCUGACGGAUUCAAUUGGCCGGAGAUCAGAGUUCCAUGUGUCGUGCUCCGGCUGAGCGACGGCGACGUGUUUAGGGGCGAGCUGAAAUUUAUUGGUUAUAGUGGUAAUUGUGUGCUGAAUUUCAACCAAUCGUGGUUCCAGGAUACAUAUGGAAGAGUUCAACUCUGGAAAGUCGAGUGUCAUCAAUGCCUUUCUGGGGCAGAGAUACCUGAAGGAUGGGUUGUGCCAUGAUGCCAUCAACUAAUGAGAUCACUUUCAUGAUAAAAGUUGAUACCCCUGGAACAAAUGUGAUACUCCAAAGACAGAAAAUGGCUGACAGAUGAAUUUGUGCCUCAUGCUGAUUUGAUCCUUUUCCUCCUGUCAACCGACUGGUCAUUGAUGCUUUCAUGAUUCCAUGUGAAACUGCUUGGCUAGUAUUCUACUUGAUCAAACAAAACUCGCGAAGGAAAUACAUACAAAGAAUUGUUUGAGAAAAGAUGGCAGUUAGUAGUUCCAUCAAUACAGUCUCGGCAGGAGGCCAAUGAGCUGCUAAGAGCAAAGCACGAGUUAGGACUAACAGUGAUUGAACAAUUCAGUGCUGCUGCCUCCAAACUGUUUGAGCAAAAAAAUCGUGAAGUGUCUGGUGGCAAUAUCAAUCUCGCAACCCAUAGACAAAAAGUGAUCAAUAAAGUGCGAAGAACAGUUGAUGCCUUGACUUGUCAGCUGGAAGAGGCAAUGCAAAAGGACUUAUUGGAGACUACUAACACUUUAAAAGCUAUCGAGGGACAACUUGAAGAAUUACAAAUCAAAAUCCAGAACUUUCAUGUAUCAAGACAACUUGGUAUGAAGUGGAAAAAGAAAACAGGUGAUAUGAAGUGGAAAAAGACACAUGAAAUAAAAAAAAGGACACAAGGAAAAUGAAUGUGUAUCAAGAGUAACAUGUAGUGAAUCUAACUCCCACUGUUUCUGGAUAUUUUGCUGGUGGGCUCACAGCUUAAAGCUGCUUUUUUUAUUUUAUUUCCUAGUCAUUUCCUACAUCUAUAUUAACUUCAACCCUUAUUUUAAUUUACCUUGACAAAAAGUGAGUUUGCCUAGUGAAGAAUUAUUAAUGGUAAAUACUAGGAAGAAAAGGUAAAGUGUAGGUAAAAUAUGGGAAAGAUUAUUGUAAAUAGAAUCAGUAGAAGGAAG